GAGAAGUUCAUCAUUGUCUCAAGAGCUCCUCAUCCUCUUGACUUGUUAGUGAACAUUUGUUGAGAAUAAUAAAAAAAAAAGUGAGAUAUAUAGUAAGAGUUAGCGUUGAGAAAAAGAGAAAUAAAAUAGUGUUGUGAUGGGGAACGUAGACUAUGCGUACACAUGUUCUUCGGUUGAAGAGAGUGUGCAGCGAGUAGCUGUACCACCUGAUCAGCCAUUUUUGAAGUCUAUGAAAUAUUCACUGAAAGAGACUUUCUUUCCAGAUGAUCCUUUGAGGAGGUUUAAGAAUCAACCACCUUCAAAAAAGUUUAUCCUCGCUCUUCAAUAUUUCUUCCCAAUAUUUGAAUGGGCACCUAACUACAGUUUUCAGUUCUUGAAAUCUGAUCUCAUAGCUGGAAUCACUAUUGCUAGCUUAGCUAUUCCUCAAGGCAUUAGUUAUGCCAAACUCGCCAACCUUCCUCCAAUUCUUGGACUAUAUUCGAGCUUUAUACCACCGUUGAUUUAUGCAAUGAUGGGUAGUUCAAGGGAUUUAGCAGUUGGGACAGUGGCAGUUGGAUCUCUUCUAAUGGGUUCCAUGUUGGGCAGUGAAGUUAAUCCCAACCAAAAUCCAAAGCUUUUUCUCCACCUUGCUUUCACCGCCACAUUCUUUGCUGGCGUUUUUCAGGCUUCCUUGGGUCUCUUUAGGUUAGGGUUUAUCGUGGAUUUCCUAUCACAUGCAGCCAUAGUAGGAUUCAUGGGAGGAGCAGCCACGGUGGUUUGUCUUCAGCAGCUCAAAUCGAUUUUAGGUCUUGAACAUUUCACCCAUGCUGCGGAUCUCAUUUCAGUCUUGCGCUCUGUUUUUACCCAAACUCAUCACUGGAGGUGGGAAAGCGCUGUGUUAGGAAUUUGCUUCAUUUUCUUUCUCCUUGUCACAAGAUACUUCAGUAAAAAACAACCGAAGUUCUUCUGGGUGUCAGCAAUGACGCCGUUGAUGUCCGUUAUAUUGGGAAGUCUGUUGGUUUAUUUCACUCAUGCUGAGAAUCACGGCGUUCAAGUGAUAGGAGAAUUGAAGAAAGGAGUAAAUCCAGCAUCACUCACAGAAUUGGUGUUUGUGUCGCCUUAUAUGACAACGGCUAUCAAAACAGGAAUUGUCACUGGCAUCAUAGCUCUUGCGGAAGGAAUAGCUGUUGGAAGAAGCUUUGCAAUGUUUAAAAACUACCAUAUUGAUGGCAACAAAGAGAUGAUAGCUAUUGGAACCAUGAACAUAGUUGGUUCUUUCACCUCUUGCUACCUCACUACAGGACCAUUUUCGCGUUCGGCUGUGAACUAUAAUGCUGGAUGCAAGACUGCAGCAUCCAACAUUGUAAUGUCAAUUGCAGUCAUGUUGACAUUGUUGUUCUUGACACCUUUGUUCUAUUACACUCCUCUUGUGGUACUAGCAGCUAUAAUUGUAUCUGCAAUGCUUGGCCUUAUAGAUUAUGAAGCAGCCAUCCAUCUGUGGAAGGUCGACAAAUUCGAUUUUUUCGUAUGCAUUAGUGCAUAUAUUGGUGUUGUCUUUGGCAGUGUUGAAAUUGGCUUAGUCAUAGCAGUUGCAAUAUCUGUUCUUAGGAUACUGCUAUUUAUUGCAAGACCAAGGACAUUUGUUUUAGGAAAGAUUCCAAAUUCUGAAAUAUACAGAAAUGUUGAGCAUUAUCCAAAUGCAAACCGUGUUUCUGGAAUACUAAUUCUAAAGAUUGAUGCACCAAUUUACUUUGCCAAUGCAAGCUAUUUAAGAGAAAGGAUCACAAGGUGGAUUGAUGAAGAGGAAGAUAGAAUUAAAGCUACAGGGGAGACAAAUUUGCAGUAUAUUAUAAUAGAUAUGAGUGCUGUUGGGAAUAUUGAUACAAGUGGAAUAAGUAUGCUUGAAGAGACUAAGAAAAUUGCUGAAAGAAGAGAGCAGCAACUUGUUUUGGUCAAUCCCGGAAGUGAGGUGAUGAAGAAACUAAACAAAUCCAACUUCCAAAAGGAUAUAGGAGGAAAAUGGAUCUAUCUGACACUUGAAGAGGCUGUUAGAGCAUGUAACUUUAUGCUCCAUGCAUGCAAAACAAAUCCCAAAAGAGAUGAAUCAGAGGGAUGGAACAAUGUCUGAGCCAUAUAUGAAUGCAUAGUUUAAAGAGCUCAUAAGCUUACUUGUUUUCUUCUCAUUUAUGUAUUACAUACCAAUAUGUGCCAUGAGAGUUUGUGAAUCAUGCCACUAAAUAUUUAGAGCCAUAGGAAAAUGAAAGAUGUAUGAGUCUUAAAGUUUUUAAACUUGCAUCCUAAGUUGGAAAAAAUCUCCUAUAUAAGUUGUUGAGUAAUUAUGCAACAUGCUUGUGUUAAUGUAUUCAAAUGUUAAAA